CUACCUACCUACCUACCUACCUACCUACCUACCCGUGGUGCAAAAGAAAUGAAAUGAAUAACUUUUACGCACCACAUUUUCGAGUGGCUAAAUGGCUUUACAUUUGUCACUCAAGAGUGCAGCACCCUCACCUGUCAACAUUGUUGUGAUAGGUGUUAGAAUUCACAUGUCACAUUGAUCGUGAUAAUAAGAAGAAUACAUACUAUAGUGGGUUGGACAGCAGCCAUUUGUAUUAUGAGCCACUCAGUGAUUUGAGUUGUCACUUUGGCGCUCCCGCCAACGAGAAAAAGUAACAAAAGUCGGAGGGAAACACAGUAGCCUAGCCCUUGUCACUCUGCUGCCUGCCUGCCUGCCUGGGGGCGGGUGGGUGGGGGCGGGCUUAGGGCUGACUGUCUGUCUGUGUGUCCCUCCCUCACUCCAAUUGGAUAAGGCCACACCGGUCCGGUGGCCAAUCGAUGCCUCUUGUGGCGAGGUAUAAGUAAGGCUCUCGAGGUGGCCAGCGGUUCAUUCAGACUUUCUGUCACAUACUGAAGCUACCAAUAUGAGCGGAAGAGGCAAAACCGGAGGCAAGGCCAGGGCGAAGGCAAAGACACGUUCAUCCCGUGCCGGGCUCCAGUUCCCCGUGGGCCGUGUGCACAGGCUGCUGCGCAAAGGCAACUACGCCGAGCGUGUGGGCGCUGGCGCACCAGUCUACCUGGCCGCAGUGCUCGAGUACCUGACUGCUGAGAUCCUGGAGUUGGCCGGAAACGCUGCCCGUGACAACAAGAAGACUCGUAUCAUCCCCCGUCACCUGCAGCUGGCAGUCCGUAACGACGAGGAGCUGAACAAACUGCUUGGCGGCGUGACCAUCGCUCAGGGUGGUGUUCUGCCCAACAUCCAGGCAGUGCUGCUCCCCAAGAAGACUGAGAAGGCCGUCAAAGCCAAGUAAAAUCGCUGGUUCGGCUGCAACUUGACUACUCAACCCCCAAAGGCUCUUUUAAGAGCCAACCACCUAGCUCAGCAAAAGCGCAAAGUGUCCUGGCCAACUAUUUGGCGUGUUUGUUAGAUACACACACAUAUACACACCGCACAGUAUCAAGUGCCCACAUGAGGCCUGAAUGAAGAAUAACAACUACUAGGCUAAAAUGAAAGAGCGUUAUUGCGCGUAAAGUGUUAACGUUGCUCGCGGCCCUAACAAAAGACCCAAGCGCGCCUCGGCGAGGGAGGGAGGGGGUUGCAUUUUGGGGUGGCACGGAGAGGCCGAGCGUCCCGUCCAAUGGGUGGCGGAGGAGGCCUCCGCAACGGGCCAAUCAGGGCGGUGCGGAGAUGGUGACCAAUCAGCAGACGCCGCUGCCGGCUUUAUAAACUUCACAUAGGCAUUUGGAGGCUAUACUCCGACUGUG